GCCCCGCCGUGCCGUGGGGGCCCGGCUCGGCUCCCCCCCCCCUUUCCGCUUCCCCCCCUUUAUUUUUUUCCCCCUCAUCUCUCUUUUUCCCCCCCUAUUUUUUUUUUUUUUUUCUUUAUGCAAACGCCGGCCGAGGAUUGUUGCACAUAGCUGUGUGGGAGUGAUUUUGGGAAGAGGGUGAGGAGGGAGCCAGCGGGACCACGCUGGGCACAGGCAGGUGGAGGAUGAACGGCGAAGCUGAGUGCCCUGCAGACCUGGAAAUGACAGCUCCCAAAAACCAAGACCGCUGGUCGCAGGAGGACAUGCUGACCCUCCUGGAGUGCAUGAAGAAUAACCUGCCCUCCAACGACGGGAGCAAGUUCAAAACCACUGAGUCCCACCUGGAUUGGGAAAAAGUGGCUUUCAAGGACUUCUCAGGAGAGAUGUGCAAGAUGAAGUGGAUGGAGAUCUCUAAUGAGGUGAGGAAAUUCCGGACCCUCACAGAGCUCAUUAUGGACGCUGAAGAGCAUGUGAAGAAUCCUUACAAAGGCAAAAAGCUCAAGAAACACCCUGACUUCCCCAAGAAGCCCCUGACUCCCUAUUUCCGCUUCUUCAUGGAGAAGCGAGCCAAAUACGCCAAGCUUCACCCCGAAAUGAGCAACCUGGAUCUCACCAAGAUCCUGUCCAAAAAAUACAAGGAGCUUCCCGAGAAGAAAAAGAUGAAAUACAUCCAGGACUUCCAGCGAGAGAAGCAGGAGUUUGAGAGGAACUUGGCGAGGUUCAGGGAAGACCACCCGGAUCUCAUCCAGAACGCCAAGAAAUCCGACGUCCCCGAAAAGCCCAAGACCCCCCAGCAGCUGUGGUACAACCACGAGAAGAAGAUCUACUUGAAAGUGCGUCCAGAUGUGAGUACGGCCACCACGAAGGAGGUGAAAGAGUCGCUGGGCAAGCAGUGGUCUCAACUCUCGGAUAAAAAGAGGCUGAAAUGGAUUCAUAAGGCCCUGGAACAGCGGAAGGAGUACGAGGAGAUCAUGCGGGAUUACAUCCAGAAGCACCCGGAGCUGAACAUCAGCGAGGAGGGAAUCACCCGCUCCACCCUCACCAAGGCCGAGCGGCAGCUCAAGGACAAGUUCGACGGACGACCCACGAAGCCCCCACCGAAUAGCUACUCCCUGUACUGUGCAGAGCUGAUGGCCAACAUGAAAGACGUGCCCAGCACAGAGCGGAUGGUGCUGUGUAGCCAGCAGUGGAAGCUGCUCUCCCAGAAGGAAAAGGACGCCUACCACAAAAAGUGUGACCAGAAAAAGAAAGAUUACGAGAUCGAGCUGCUCCGCUUCCUGGAGAGCCUGCCCGAGGAGGAGCAGCAGCGGGUGCUGGGCGAGGAGAAGAUGCUGGGCAGCAACCGGAAAGGGGCGACGAGUCCUGCAUCCAAAAAAUCCUCACCAGAGACCGGCAAGGCCAGCUCGGAGAAGCCCAAGCGGCCCAUCUCAGCCAUGUUCAUCUUCUCGGAGGAGAAGCGGAAGCAGCUGCAGGAGGAGCGGCCGGAGCUGUCGGAGAGCGAGCUGACCCGGCUCCUGGCCCGCAUGUGGAACGACCUCUCCGAGAAGAAGAAGGCCAAGUACAAGGCGCGGGAGGCGGCGAUGAAGGCGCAGUCAGAGAAGAAGCACGGCUCAGAUAAGGAGGAACGUGGGAAGCUGCCUGAGUCUCCCAAAACUGCUGAGGAGAUCUGGCAACAGAGCGUCAUUGGGGACUACCUGGCUCGUUUCAAGAACGACCGGGGCAAAGCGCUGAAGGCCAUGGAGGCCACUUGGAACAACAUGGAGAAGAAAGAGAAGCUGAUGUGGAUCAAGAAGGCAGCGGAGGAUCAGAAGCGAUACGAGAGGGAGCUGAGUGAGAUGCGGGCCCCUCCGUGCUCCACCAACUCCACCAAGAAAAUGAAAUUCCAGGGAGAGCCGAAGAAACCCCCAAUGAACGGUUACCAGAAGUUCUCCCAGGAGCUCCUGUCCAACGGGGAGCUGAACCACCUCCCACUGAAGGAGCGCAUGGUGGAGAUCGGCAGCCGCUGGCAGCGCAUCUCCCAGGGCCAGAAGGACCACUACAAAAAACUGGCAGAGGAGCAGCAGAAACAGUACAAGGUGCACCUCGACAUCUGGCUCAAGAGCCUCUCGCCCCAGGAGCGGGCUGCGUACAAGGAACACAUUUCCAACAAACGCAAGAGCAUAGGGAAGAUCCGGGGUCCCAACCCCAAGAUGAAGCCAACGAUGCAGUCCAAGUCGGAGUCAGAGGACGAUGACGAGGAGGAAGAGGAGGAGGAAGAUGACGAUGAAGAUGAGGAUGACGAUGAUGACAACGGUGACUCGUCAGAGGAAGGCGGCGACUCCUCAGAGUCCAGCAGCGAGGAGGAGAGCGAGGACGGGGAUGAGUGUGAAUGCCGAGUAAGUCACCAGAGUCAAAGCUUUACACCGGUGCAACUGAAAUCAGACUAUGCUGGAUGGCGCUGGGGGCAGAAACCGUGUCCGUGCCUUGUGCUCGCCACCGGACAGAACGACGAGGAUGAUGAGGAUGAGGAUGAUGAGGAUGAGGAUGACAACGACUCAGAGGGCAGCAGCAGUUCCUCCUCCUCCUCGGGGGACUCCUCCGACUCCGACUCCAACUGAUCGGCCAAGCUCUUUGUAACGUCGUUUGGUUUCUCGGUUUCGGUCCCAAAUCCUCCCUGCAGCCCCUCAGAAUCCUUCCUCCUCUUCCUCCUGCCCCCCCGUGGGACCCCCAACGUGGGGAGCGGGGGCCAGGGGGACCCCUCCGCCGAGCUCACACUACGGAGGGGGAUCAGGGGCUGCUUCCCCCAGGCUGGGGGGCGAGGAGAGAGCCCCCCACCCCUGCCCCCUGCUUUACUCCCGAGGGGAAGCGAUUUUUUUUUUGGAAUUUCAUUCUUUCCAGGGGGGUGUCUCUCCAUCCCUACCCCCAUAACCCCCUCGCUACCAGCUCUGGACUUUCUAGAAAGAGAAGAAAAACACACAGGAAAAAAAACAAACAAACCAACAACACCCCCCACACCUUUUUUUUUAUUAAAAAACCCAGAAAUGGGAAGAAAAUCCCCCUGGCCACGCAGCCGCUCCGGCAGCGGGCGCGGAGCACGAGCCGAGGGGCUCAGGACUCAGCCGAUGGGACAAUGCCUCCUCGCAGCCCCCCCUGCCCUCUGCGCACCCCCAGCAUCUUGGGGGUCCUCCCCACCCCCCAAAAAACCUUGUACAGUCUGGAAGCUGCCCCGGGAGCUGCCCGGGAACUCUACAUCCACGGCACUUGGGAGCGCCGGCCAGGGACGGUGACCCGCGUGUCCCCGGGGGGGUGGGAGGGGUGUGGGUGUGUGUGCGAGCAUGUGAGUGUGUGGGGGGGCACCGAGCGUGUGGGGGGGCACCGAGCGUGUGCGGGGGGGCACCGGGGCCACCCCUGGCAGCUCAGAGUGACCAAGGGGGGGCGCGGGGUCCCCCCCGCUCUGUUGUCGGUGGUUGUUGUGCCGUUGUAUUUUAUUUUAUUUUUUUUGUUGUUGUUUUUUGUUUUUUUCCUUUUUAUAAAACAAGAAAGAUCCA